UCAUAUGAGCAUCUUCGCCCAACUUUGUCAUUUCCUCUCUCCAAAAUUUCUCUCUAAAAUCUCAUAAGUUACUCUAUAGGCUGAAAAUUUACUUAUACUUUGAAUUCAUGAGCGGAGAAAGUUAAAUUUAAUAUAUAUAUACAUAUAUUGUAGAGAGAUUAUUAUUAUUAUUAAUGGAAAAUAACAACGACAACCAUAAUAAUAAUAAUAAUAAUGAUAACUCGACCAUACCCGGGUAUAGGUUCUACCCGACUGAGGAAGAGCUGAUUUCGUUCUAUCUGCAUAACAAGCUAGAAGGUCAAAGAGAGGAUUUGAACCGGCUUAUAAACCGGGUUAUACCUCUUCUUGAUAUCUAUGAAUUCAACCCUUGGGAUCUCCCACAGUAUUCAGGAGUGCCAUGCCAAGGAGACCCGGAACAAUGCUUUUUCUUCAUACCAAGGCAAGAGAGUGAGGCGAGAGGAGGGAGGCCGAGCCGGCUGACGGAGACUGGCUACUGGAAAGCUACCGGCUCCCCCAGCUACGUCUACUCUUCCAGAAACCGAAUCAUCGGAUUGAAGCGGACCAUGGUAUUCUACAAUGGGAGAGCACCUCAUGGUACCAAAACCCAAUGGAAGAUGAACGAGUAUAAGGCCAUAGCUAUUCAAGGAGAACCAACUAUUACAUCCUCCACUACUGCAACACCUGAUCCUCCUCUCCUAAGGCAGGAGUUUAGCUUGUGCCGAGUUUACAAAAAAACAAAAUGCUUGAGAGCAUUUGAUAGAAGACCUACUAGGGAAGAAAUCAUAACUAUCAGUCCCAUUAUAGCUCAUCCUCAUCAUCAUCAUCACGAAGCUCAUAAUCAUGAUCAGUACGGCCAUGGUCAUCUUCAGAUAUUAUCUUCCCUGAACCCUCCUCCUCCACCACCGCCGCCAGUGAGAGUACUAACAAGCUCGCGCGACGACGACAGUACUUCCUCGUCCGGUGGUGGCAGCGGGAGUGGUGCCCAGCCUUCUCAAAGUGGGGAGAGCGAGCACUUGAACUCCCAAAUUUCGGCUGAUAGUUAUUAUGAAGAUGGGUGGAGCUGGGGUUGGGAUGAUCAGUUAAAUUUACUCUAAUAGAGAUGAUUCAGCCCUACCUAGCUAGGUCUAUAUAUAUAUAUAUAGACGAAAUAUUAAUAAGAUUUUGAGCUGAUCAAGAUUACGUACUCCUUCAAUUCCAAACCUUUUAUCUUCAUUACAUAUGAUAAUAACUAGCUAAGUAAUUGUAGUAUUAAUUAUAUAUAGAGAGAGUCAUGAUUGGGAUGCACUUACUGUAAUACAAAAUGUGGGUGUAAAAAUUAAGUGUUCCUUAUAUAUAUACUCUUAUUAUAAAUAAAGAAAUAUAUAUAUAUAUAUAUGACUCUUAUAUAAUAUCUUUGACAUCGAGCUAGGUUCCCAGUAUGUAUCUAGUUUGAACCCUUUCUUAAAAAUUAAUAAUAAUUUAUUGGGCAUAUUUGUAUUA